AUGACUGUGAAUGCUGAAGAGUGCUCAGAAGAGGGCUUGAGGUUUCAAAGCCGGUUUAAAUGUCAACAGUUUGAGCCCAACCAAGGAGGUUUGGAUGAGAUCAAGGUUGGCUCAUCUGUGCCCAUGCCAACAGGACCAGCUGAAUUGUUCUGUCCAGCCACUAUUGAAGAAGAACUUAUAAUGUUCUGCUGUGAAGCAAGAGGCAAAGAGAAUCGAUUGUGCUACUACACUGAUGCCACAGAUGCUGCUGCGACCAAGAUCUCCAAUGAGGUAUCAAAACCCCUGGCCCACCAUAUCCCUGUGGGAAAGAUCUGUGAGAAGCUGAAGAACAAAGACAGCCAGAUCUGCGAGCUGAGGUACUACAAGCAGAUUGACCUGAGCACAGUGGACCGGAAGAAGCUCCGGGUGAAAGAGCUGAAGAAGAUCCGGGACGACUCGAGGGAGACGUGCAAAGGCUGUGCAGAAAAGUCUGACUGGAUCCAGAGGAUAAAUGAACUGAUGCCUAAAUAUGCCCCCAAGGCAGCCAGCACACGAACUGAUCAGUAG